GGUCACACGCGGAGGGGCUGUCUACGAGCGGCCGGCUGCCUGCAGCAUGGAGGAGAGAUGCCCGGUGUGCCUGGACUGCUGCUGAGCCUAGAUCGGCCGCCGCUGGGCUCUGAGCGCUCGGGUCCCCCUCUUAUGCUGGCGUCGCCCCUCCCCUGGGCGGGGCCGCAGCCGCCUGUAGUCUAUGGGUUGUUCUCGCUCUGGGUGACACAGAUCUACGAGAAGCCGCCGGGGUAACGCUGGGUCCGGUGCUGACACGUCCGCCGGGAUCGUCCUCUUGUCCGUCCACGUCCCCGCCGCCUGUGCCGCCCGCACUGGGAUUACUGCAGACAUGGAUUGAAACUUACUGCUGGGCUUUAACUUUUUGUUGCGUCCUCGCUGGCUGGAUCUGUUCCUCCGGAGAGCAGGGUCGUGGAUCCAUGGAAUGACCCCGGCUCCCGGGCUCUGAAGGUCUACAGUCACACCUGGGAGUGGGGGGUCCUCGGCUACAGCACACUCUCCGGGGCUCCUCUGCGGAUCUUACGGGGAACCAUGUACUUUCUCUUUUCUUGGAUAUACUGGGGCUCACUGGUCUAUAUCUUCUCUGCCCAGUUUUCCCGGGCGGCCCCCACACAAGAAAAAGAGCAGAAACCCACAGAAGUGGUGCCGUUCAUAAACGUCUACGAGCGCAGCAUGUGCCAAGUACGGGAGACGUUAGUGGAUAUCUACCAGGAAUAUCCCGACGAGGUGGAGUUCAUCUUCAAACCCUCUUGUGUAGCGCUCAUGAGGUGUGCAGGGUGCUGCAGCGAUGAGACUUUCGAGUGCGUACCCACGGAGUGGUACAAUGUCACCAUGCAGAUCUUGAGGAUGAGACCUCACAUGAGUCAGCUGUAUGUGGAGAAGAGUUUCCAGCAGCACAGUCGCUGUGAAUGCAGACAAAAGAAAGAAAUUAAAGGCAAACAGGAAAAAAAAGCAAAACGAGGGAAGGGCCAUAAACGAAAGCGCAAGAAAAUCCGGUACAAAUCGCACCGCUUUCAUUGUGAGCCUUGCACAGACACAGAGAGGAGAAAACACUUGUUUGCCCAAGACCCCCAGACCUGUAAAUGUUCCUGUAAAAACACAGACUCACGUUGCAAAACGAAGCAGCUUGAGUUAAACGAAAGGACUUGCAGGAGAGGGAAGAAGCCUAGAACAGACCAGUCAUAUGCGGCCCCCUAUUCUGCUGACCUCGCUCACUAACAUGCGCUCUGCCACCCCUGUGCAGCAAAAUGUGAAAAACCGCGGCGGUGAGACGAGGAGAGAGUCUCCGGAAAGAGACAAAAUGGAGUGAAAAUGAAGGAUCGAAACUCGGCACAGCACUUUGGUUCUCAUGCAUUCCGUGUCCCUGAGGGGGGACAGAAUAGCCGUAUUAUUCAGUAAACGCCAUUUCUCCUUCUCCUUUUCAAAAUUGAUGCUGCUACACAUCGAGAGCCAGAACAGUGGGGUCAUAACUUUUUUUUGGAUUCUUAUAAAUAUAUUAUAAUAAUUAAAUAUAGAUAUAUAAAUAUAUAUAUAUUUGUGUAUAUAUAUAUAUUGGAUUUUUCUUAACAAAAUAAUAAUUUGCUGGACUUUUGGUCACCAACCGAAACAAUUUUUUUUUUUUAAACUGAAGUACGUGGGGGAUAGCUGCUCAGCUGAUGCUAACCUCUAAUAACAUUAAUUAUUCUGGAUCAUAAUCUGUUGUCGCUAAGUUUCUGCUAUACCAAUACAAAUCCAGAGUUCAGAUCAAAGGUCAAAGAAGCCCUGCUGAGAUGUUCUGGAGUCCUACAGCCGCAAAGCUCGAUCCUUCACGAAGCGUACCUGUGCCCUCUGCAGAUUGAAAGACUCAUUGAGGAAAUGGAGACUAUUCGGUGCCAUAGGUUGGCCAGAGACAACGUCAUUGUAUAACCUGCCCAUCAUGCACAGUUUCUACCCCAGAGGAGCUUUUUUUUUUUACCCCUGGCAUCUAAUGUCGGCUGGUGUAUGUAUGGAUUUGAGUAUGAUCUCUAUUCACAAAAAGGCUUUCGGGGAAAAAAAGUUGUUUGACUUUAUAUCCAAUGGACAUUUUUACUUUGUCGAGUUAAAAGAAAAAUGCCCUUUGUAAACGAUGUGACCUAUUGGCUCCAUUUUGUCAGGCAUAUGCUGAGCCAGUGCCAGUUGUAUCUCUGUGGUCUUAAUACAACACUAAAAAUUCAAGAUCUCGCAGAAGUAAGGACUGAGUCUGGACCAAAAUCAAGGAGGUCACAAGAGAGGAAUGGUUCCGGAUUAGCGUGCAGACCUGGCGGUAAUCACUAGAAUCCAUUGGGACUUGUAUUCUCCCAGUGAGCAAUCGGCAAAUGACGUGAACUCUUGUACAUUGAGUUAAUUACUCACCCCAGUGAGGAAGACUCACUCAUAAUGAGUGGAAAUGACUAUAUUAAGAGUACGAAUCGCUCAAUGAGUGCAGCUUGCUGUUUAAUGAAUGAGACUUGUUUAUGUUGAGUGAGACUGCCUUCCAGUGGGUGAAUGGCUUCCCCACCCAAAUCAUAGAACCAGGACUGGCUUAGCAUGUCUGAGAAUCUGAAGCAACCUGGUCCAAGCACCAAGUAUGUCCACCCAACACCGUGAGUCCUGGAGUUGCAGCCGGUGGAAUCACUAGAAUGUAGAGAGCGUGUUCACUGUAGCCUUGCUCAUGUAUCUCAUGUAUACAGACACACACACACACCUGUUCUAAGGUUCCACGUGCCUUGCAGCCUAGAAACGAGUGAGGCUCACCCCGAGCUGUUUUCUGGUUAAAGGACUUUAGUGCCGAUGAAAGAUUAACUGAUAUUUAAAAAAAGACACAAAUAAAGGGUUAAUCCCUGCAUGAGGGAGUUGGCUCCUUUGCUGCUAGACUGUGUUAGAAUGAAAUCCCUGUGUACACUGCAAAGUUGUCUGAGAAACCUUUUCACUGGGGGGGGGUCGUAAAUUUACCUGUGUGGAUGCAUACGUGCAGUGGUCAGUGUUAUCCCAUUCAAGGCAGGGACGCUUGCAAAUGAUUGUGGUCAUGAGAAUAUAUUUGGUAUGCAUGCGAGCCCCCCAUGAAGAGCCUGACCUCUAGUGCAGGGCACUUUCUCCAGUGCCAAAUUCAGACAUGGAGCGACGAUGUAGUGAAACGUACAAUAAGUGCCUUGGUAGGAUCUAAGUCUACUGAUGGCCCCCAAUAUGGAGAAGAUGAGUGGGUACCGGGGGGGGGGGGAUACCAUCUGCAGCUCAUGUCCAUCUGUGGACAAGGAUCAAUACUUCUCGGAAGAACCUAUAGUGUGUGUGUAUGUGUAUACAUGGAUGCAGAGCAGUUCGCCACACAUAUUUAAUGUCCCUUUUUAUUGAAAGCUGGUAAAUUAAGAAGAGCGCGUGGGAGGGUACAGUAUUUCUUUUGUUAUAUUUAAAAUAAUUUAUACAAUUACAAAUACAUUAACUGUCCAAUGUUUUUAUCCGUUCUCUUUGGUGGCUUUCUUAUUUUUUAUGUGGUCUGUUCUUCACAAGCCAUUGCUACCUUCACAGGUACAGGAGGCUGGCUGGCGGUGGGCACGGAGGGGGCACAUCACUUGCACUGAUGAGGCCCCCCUUCUUUCUGUCACGCUUAGGCUCAGAUUUUUGGUUAGGCAAUCUGGGUGCUUGUUUUGCUCCUUUGCUGAUUGGCUAACUGUAUAAAGGGCACCUACUUAUUAGGUAAGUAGAGGCUCUGAGAACUUUCCACACAUCUUUCCUCUAGGGCAGAGCAUGAGUAGCUUGAGACUCUGGCGGUUUUGUAGGAGCUUGCUGAACGACCAGAGCAGCUUAACAUCCAUCUCCCUGCAAAACUACAACUCCCAGCAUGCCCGGACAGUCUACAGCAGGGCAUGGUGGGAGUUGUAGUUUUACAACAGCUGGAGGGCCGCAGGUUGAGCAUCCCUGCGCUAGACGAAGGAUGACGUCUAUCUGCACUAGAGGUUGUCGGCAUCUCUGAUCUGCAGGGGCCAUGUCUCCGUCUCGGUUGGUGAGAGUCUUGCUUUGCCUUGGCUGCCUGGCCUGUGGAACCCAUGAUAUCGAGCAAUGUCUAAUUAGGCCCUCACCUAGACCUGUCCCCAUGACUGCAGAACCAGCUCUAUGCAGCAGUGACAUUGGAAUGGCAGUAUUUAUUUUAUUUAUUUGAUAAAUUGCAUACUGUUAUGUCGUGCACACAGACUGCUAAGCAUUUCAGUGCAGUCGCCCUCAUGUUCGGUUCCCCAUGCGGUACUGGCAUCUUGGCCCGUCCAGUCCUAGGCUUAAGUAUUUAUUGAGAAGACUGUAAAUUGGGGCAGCGUUGAUCAGGGUUUUACAAUUUUGCACAUGUAAAUCUACCAUAUUCAUGGGUUUUGUUGACUCUCCUGUGCAGAAAGAAAGCCUUGCCUUCCCACGUUAAUGACUGCAGAGGCGCUCAGUUCGGUGCGGAGUGUCUGCUUAUAUCACUCGUUAACUGUGUGAGAGUCGGGAGAUAAUGAGCUUUGUCACGAUUCAAUCUCCGAUCCUGGUGAAGCCCAAUAACCCCCCUCCGCCAGACGGCGCACGCUGCUCCGCACUGAAAGGUUCAGCUCUGCAGAUGUAAUAGUUAAUGGUGACUUCUUACCCUUAGUCUUUCCACUGGAGGAUGAACAGUAGUGCUUACUAAAAGGGCUCUCUUUAGUCCCUUGCUCCAUGUUCUUCCAUGUAGGUAAUCACUUUCAACUCCAGAAGAACGGCACACUGCCCUGUAUUUCUGUGGGCAAAAAAUGUAAAAUAAUUGGUGGUGUGCAGAAUAAAGCACACAGGCACUGGAAUCCAGAGGGGGCUGGCAAUGGAAAUCUGGAGCUUUAAGUAGACUUGACACGUCUGGUCUCCUCUCGAGUGCGAAUGUCCAUGUCCCCAAGACCUGAGCUGCAGGAAGGCGGAUGCCUCUGGUGGUCUCUUCCUUAAUGGCCUGCAUCCUGUGUUCGAGUGGCUGGUCCACUGUAAAAGUCACGUUUCAAAUAGCAAAACUCCUGUACGACGGACUCGCCCAUUCUGUAGCUUUCACCAUAACCUCGGCACGCUACCGCCUGUAGUUAAGAUUUGCCACAAGUCAAUCAGAUCAGCCUGUACUCUGGUCUAUUGGAGCAGCGCUAAAGAGUAUGGUGUGCUUCCUCCUCCAGCCGUGCCGCUGCAUGUCGACCAUUUAGCACUGUGUCGGUAAUCCGUAUAAGCCAUUGCAAUAGUGACAAUGAAGUCUCUACCACAAGGCCUCUGCCAGCCAAGGGUUAAUAUAUGUAUAUGGAGCAUUCAGCAUAAAACACUACACGUCUCCUUUUUUUGUAAAUAAAUUCAAAAACACAAAAAGUUAAUUCUGCCUAACAAGGUUUUUUAAUUGUAAUAUGUGUUUUAUUUAUUGGUGCUAUCAUUUGUUAUUGUUGUGAGACGCCGUCAUUAACACUUCUUUCUCUGCAGAUUAAAUAUUAUGUAGAAACAUAUUUAUUUUUUAAAAGAAAGUAUAAAGAUAAUGUUAAAAAUA